AAAAUGUCACAAGUUAAACAAGUUGGUCUUUUGGCUGCUGGAUGUCAGCCGUGGAACAAAGAUGUCUGUGCUGCAAGCGGGGACCGAUUUGCAUAUUGUGCUACACUUGCUAUUUAUGUCUACCAGCGUGAUCACAGGUUUAAUGAAUUCAAGCUCCGAGCAAUCAUGUCUGAACAUAAAAAGACUAUAACUGCUAUAUCAUGGUGCCCACAUAACCAGGACGUAUUUGCAAGUGCCAGUGCAGAUAAUCUGUUGAUAGUUUGGAACGUGGCUGAACAAAAAGUGGUGACAAAAUUAGAUAACACAAAAGGUAUCCCUGCCACUCUGAGUUGGUGCUGGAACUCAGGAGAUGCUGUUGCUUUUGUCUCGCAGCGAGGGCCCUUGUAUAUAUGGACUAUCUCAGGACCAGAUAGUGGGGUAGCAGUGCACAAAGAAGCCCACAGCUUCUUGUCAGACAUCAGUCUGUUCAGGUGGCAUCCUAAAAAGAAAGGGAAGGUUGUGUUUGGGCAUACAGAUGGAAGUCUCUCUGUUUUUCAACCUGGUUCCAAAAGUCAAAAGCAUGUUUUGAGACCAGAAUCUUUAGAGGGAACAGAUGAGGAAGAUCCAGUCUCUGCGUUAGAAUGGGACCCUCUGUCCACUGACUACCUCCUUGUUGCUAAUCUCCACAAUGGAAUUCGAUUAGUUGAUUCAGAAUCUCUAUCAUGUAUUACAACAUUUAGUUUCCCAAGUGCUGCAGCAUCUGUGCAGUGUUUAGCAUGGGUUCCUAGUGCUCCAGGCAUGUUUAUAACUGGAGAUUCCCAGGUUGGUGUGUUGCGAGUUUGGAAUGUAUCAAGAACAACACCAAUAGAGAACUUCAAGUUAAAGAAGACAGGUUUUCAUACAUUGCAUGUAUUGAACUCUCCUCCAGAGAAAAAAUCAUUUUCCACACAAUCCCCAACAAAAAAUCAUCAUACCUCUUCUACAAGUGAAGCAGUACCACCACCAACUCUGUCUCAAAACCAGGCAUUCUCCCUUCCACCUGGUCAUGCCGUUUGCUGCUUUAUGGAUGGUGGAGUUGGGCUAUAUGACAUGGGGGCUAAGAAAUGGGAUUUUCUCAGAGACUUGGGACACGUUGAGACAAUAUUUGACUGCAAAUUCAAACCAGAUGAUCCCAACUUACUAGCUACAGCUUCGUUUGAUGGAACAGUAAAAGUAUGGGAUAUAAACACACUAACAGCUGUAUACACUACACCGGGCAAUGAAGGAGUGAUCUAUUCACUUUCAUGGGCUCCAGGAGAUUUAAACUGCAUAGCUUGUGCCACAUCUAGAAAUGGUGCUUUAAUAUGGGAUCUAAAGAAAGGCAAACUGAUAACAAAAUUUGAGGAGCAUGGAAAAAAUGGAAUCUUCUGUAUUGCAUGGAGUCACAAGGAUGCUAAAAGGAUAGCCACAUGUAGUGCAGAUGGAUACUGCCUAAUUCAUACAGUCGAUGGAAGAAUAUUACAUAAAUAUAAGCACCCAGCUGCAGUUUUUGGUUGUGACUGGAGUCAGAACAACAAAGAUAUGAUCGCCACUGGCUGUGAGGACAAGAAUGUUAGAGUGUAUUAUUUAGCAACCAGUUCUGACCAGCCAUUGAAGGUAUUCACUGGGCACACAGCCAAGGUGUUCCAUGUCAGAUGGUCCCCUUUGAGGGAGGGCAUCCUCUGCAGCGGAUCAGAUGAUGGAACUGUACGAAUAUGGGAUUACACACAGGAUGCCUGCAUUAAUGUUCUAAGUGGACACACAGCUCCUGUAAGAGGGUUGAUGUGGAACACUGAAAUCCCUUAUCUGCUAAUAUCAGGAAGCUGGGACUAUACAAUCCGAGUGUGGGACACAAGAGAUGGGACAUGUCUAGACACUGUGUAUGAUCAUGGUGCUGAUGUUUACGGUUUAACUUGUCAUCCCAGUCGUCCUUUCACUAUGGCUUCGUGCUCUCGAGACUCCACUGUGAGACUGUGGUCAUUAACACCUCUAAUUGCUCCACUUCAGAUUAAAAUUUUAGUUGACCGUAGCUGGGACGAAAUCAUUGGCAAUAGUGAUCGUGCAAUGGCACCUGGUGCUCCCCCUCUCCUCUGUGGCAAAGUUUCAAGAGAUAUCAAGCAAGAGCUAGAUAAACUGACGAAUGAUGUACGAGUGAAGAAGCUGAGAUGGUUUUCAGAAUGCUUUUCUCCACCAGGAGGAAGUAAAAACCUUUGGGAUCUUGUUGCUAUUAUUAAAGGUCAGGAUGACAGUUUGCUUCCUCAGAACUAUUGCAAAGGAAUCAUGCACAUGAAGCACCUUGUUAGAUUUAAAACUUCAGAAGCCCAAGAGUUAACUAUUGUGAAAAUGUCUAAGUUUGGAGGUGGCAUUGGUGCACCAAGCAAAGAGGAAAGGCUAAAAGAGGCAGCAAAAAUUCAUCUGGGAUUAGGCCAGAUCCAAAGGCACUGUGAACUUAUGGUGGAGCUUGGCGAGUGGGACAAAGCUUUAUCUGUUGCACCCGGUGUGUCAAUGAAGUACUGGAAAAAGCUUAUGCAAAGGCGAGCUGACCAGCUUAUACAAGAAGAAAAUGAUGAUGUCAUUCCUUACUGCAUUGCCACAGGUGAUGUGAAGAAACUGGUCAGUUUUUUCACUUCAAGAGGACAGCUUAAAGAUGCUCUGCUUGUUGCCCAGGCAGCUUGUGAAGGAAACAUACAAGUCCCACAUACCUCCUUCACAAAUAACUCCCCAACUGCUGAUGGUAACAACAUGGACAAUUACAAUGGAUUGUUACACAAAGUCAGCAAAGAGCUCGCCGCGUGGUACUUCCAGGAUGGACGAGCAGUGCUGGCAGCAUGCUGCCACUUAGCAGUGGACAACAUUGAGCUAGCAAUGGCCAACCUGAUUCGUGGCAAUGAACUAGAGCUAGCUCUGUGUGUGGGGACUGUGCUGGGAGAAGCUGCAUCACAGGCAACACAUUACAUUCUUGAACUGCUUGCAAGGAAGUACAUGACAGCCACUGCAUGCUUUCCAUCUGUUGGAUACAGGUAUUUGAUUUUGUAUUGUAUUUUUCUGUUCAGGGACCUUGCAGCACACUUAUUAAAUGUGAUUCCAGAUAAUGAGUUACUGCUUAUCAAGCUGUGUGCUUUCUACCCUGGAAACUCAGCAGAGAUUAAUGAUCUUCAUGAAAGAUGUAAUCUUCCAAGUUUAGAAGAAUGUUUGGAAUUAGCAGAAACUGCACACAAUGAUGGAGAAAUCUUCCAGGCAGUAAAAUAUUACUUGCUGAGCCCUGAGCCACAGAAAGCCCUUCCAAUUGGCAUUCAGUUUGUUAAAGAACAAAUAAGUAGCUCUGAUUGGACCUUGGACUCAGUCUACCCUAUUCUUGACCUCCUUAGUUACAUUCGUACAGAUCGACUGCUUCUUCACAAGUGCAGUGACAAUUGUAACGAGUUACUAAUAUUUUGUGGAUACAUUGGAGCUUUGUUAGCAACCAGAAGACAGUACUCUAGCAUUGUUCCAGCCCUUUAUGAAUAUACAAGCCAGCUGUUAAAAAGACGAGAGGUGUCUGUCCCUCUAAAGAUUGAACAGCUCUCGGUGGAGCUGGAUGCUUGGAGAUCAUGUACACAAUCUUUAAACAAAUCCUUAGAUGAAGUGUCAUACACUCCUCCCUCUGAAGCCCAGAAGCAAGUCUAUAAGAUAUUGCUAAACAGGAUUAAAGAGGAGCCUCUCAUAGGAAUGACUGGCCCUGAUUAUGUGACUGGGUCUAAUCUUCCAAGCCAUUCAGAUGUCUAUAUUUCCUGUCUAACAGGAUCAAGGAUACAGGGUCCUGUAUUUUUCCUCGAAGAUGGCAAAUCAGCAAUUUCAUUGAAUGAUGCUUUAAUGUGGGCAAAAGUAAAUCCUUUCUCACCACUAGGGACAGGAAUUCGUCUCAAUCCAUUUUAAAGGAAGCUUUCUGGUCUCUGCAGUUCACAGUGCCCUGCAGGGAUUUCCACAGGUUACUGCAGUGUCAUAUUAACUUAAGGACAAAUGAGUGCCAUGUAAUGCAAGUUAAGACGUGUUACUGAUUUGUUGCAAAGUACAAAGAAAAAUAUUAUUCAUAAUGUUAUUAAACUUGAACAAUAAGUUAUACAAAGUAAAGAUGCAUUGCAAAUAAACAUCACAUUAAGCAAAUUAGUAUGUUUAAAAUACAAUCUGGCGUGAUUUUAGGGACAGAUAAUCAAAAGAGAUACGAGUUUCACAGGGGCAGUUGCAGGGAUUUUUCCUCAACUGUGGAGGAGUUGUGAAUGAGUCCAAUGUUUUAUAAUGUUGGGGACAAAUUUGUUGCAUGUAUUUGACUUCACUUAUCUAAUUUAAAGGGUGAUUGAGUGUGAAUGUUUGUAAUUAGUCAAGAUAGGAUUUUGAUAUGUGUGUUCUUGAAUGCUGACUGAAAAACAGCAACAGUAAAAAAAAAAAUAGAGGGAACAAAUACUGUGCUGGAAUUUUGAAAUGUACAAAGUUUAAACAAAAAAUAUACAUACAACUUGUUGUUCUUUAGAGAUCUAUAUAUACAGCCGGAACAGCACCAAAAGGUAGGUCUAGCAUCACAGUUUCAGAUACUGGUACAGUAAAAACAGAUGUUGGAGGCACUGCUGGUUUAGCUGUACCCAGAGUGCUCCCAAUUAUGUAAUGGCCUCUAAUACCUUCCACAACCUCUAUGGAAAUUGCUGUAAGACAAGUCAUCCACCAGUGGAUUUGCAAAAUAUUCAAAUCUGAGAAGUUUUUUCUUUAAAUCACAUUUCAAAUCAUACUAAAUAUAUAUUUUAAUAUCAUCUAUAUACUGUGGAACAGUUGAAACAGCAUUAUGUUAUCUGGGGAGAGGAGGAAACCCGAAUUAAGACCAAACUGCCCGGGCAGGACACUAAAACAGUGUAAAACUAUACCACACGGUUACUCUGCCUUUAAAUAUUAAAAAACAUUUUAGUAUUCUAUGAGAUCAUACUUCUUUAAUCGUAUAGUAUAAUUACACAUUUCUCAUUGAUUUAGUGUCACGUCUGCAAAGGUUUGUCUUGGGCCGGAAGUGUUUUGAUAUGAAAACUCAUGUAAUGAUAACUAUUUUCAAUGUGUACACAGUAAUGAUGGUGUAAUUAUGUGGCAUAGUUUUGCGUAUGUUUUGCAUUGUUUAGUGCAAAACAAUACCACAUAAUUGUCACCCUUGGAUUUUUUUAGUUUUUCCCUUUCCAAACAAGAAUUUUUUUUUUUUUUUUCCCCUAAAACAUUGUCAGUUACAUUAUAAUCUCCUUUUCCAUAAAGUUGCCCAUUCUAUGGUUUUGAACACUUUGAGCCAUUGGCUCACCUCAUACACAAAUUGCACUGCAUCAUUUGGGGUGUAGUCUGAGUUGCGAUUAAUUUCCCUUUUGAAUUUCACAGAUAUACAAAUAUAUGCAAGAUAUUCGCAGAGUUGCAUAAAAGUUGCAUGAUUUCGCAGCCUUUGAAUAUCAGGCCCGUAAUUUUUGCUCGAGUUGAAAGACAGUACUUAACAAUGGACAUACACAUGUCUAACAGUCAGUUAUCAUCAAUUACUUAUUCUAGUAAAUAACCUAAUAAAAAGCAGUUUAUAUAACUUCAAUUACUUUGUCAGAUAUGUAGGCCUAAAGAUGUAUGUUAAAUACAAUCAUGCAUGAUCUUAAUCUUUACCAUCUUGCGAUAAAAGAAAUCCUUUAGAUUAUAUUUGCAUUUUAAUCUGACUUUGAUCAUUAAAUUUGUAGCAACAAAGAAGUCAAUGUUUAGAUUUUACAUUCAUUUUUUACAUUUUAUAUAUAGAAUUAGUUUUUAUUUUACAUCUGCAGGAUAACUCAUGUAAGUGUUAUAUAGAGAUAAAACAGUAGCUUCUUUGCCUUAGGGUGCAAGAUUUACAUAAUAGCUGUGAUCACUCGUGGUAUAUGCUGAUUAGUGUACAGUAUAUACAGCAUAUAUAUUCCUUCACAAUGUAUAUGAAGAAAGGCUUGAUACACUAAAUUAUAAAUGUUGAAGAUGUGCCUUAAUAAAGAUGAGACUAUUCAAGAGCCACCUUUUCCAGGUAGUUGUUAAGGAACAAACAGCAUCACCACAAAAUAAAGUUUUGCAAAAUUAAAAUAAUUAGAUAUAGGGUUUUACAUAUAUGUGCGGUAGUUUUGUUAUUUAAAAAAUGAAGAGUGCAAUGUGGGAAAACAGUUAAUAACCUUAAUUUUAUUUUUAAAUAAACAUAUACUAUAGGAGGCAAUGCAGAAAUACCCUGGCUUAGUCAGUGGGAAGGAAUAUGAAACUGUUUUCAUCGAUUGGCAUGCUUUAUAAAAAGUGUUUUUGCCAAAGAAUACUUUUGCUUUGUUACAUCAUUUAUACAGUUAUUCAGUAGUUGAGCAUUUUUUCUGCAAAAAUUCAGCAUUUUGUUGUUAAUAGAGAUAAGAUGUGUGGUUGCUGUUGGAUCUAAAUGUACAUUUGUGCUAUGUAAUGUUUUCAGUGCCCAGAAACUACAUUUAUUUUCCAUGUAUCAGAACAAAAAAAAAAAAUAAA